CAGUCGGGACUGUGCAGGUGGAUCAGGCGCCCCAGCCCAGGGUGGACCGCAGACUCACCGGCACCUCACGGAGCGCCGCACGGCACCGUUCCGCGCGGGGCAGAGCGGAGCCGCGGCCGCAUACGCUGACCAAGACCCACUUGCAACCACUGCCUCCGCAGCACCCAUGGGGACCGGCAGACUUUAAAGGAGUUUGGGGUUUCGGGAGCAGGGAAAUCACGGAUCCCCGCUCCGGGCCCUGGCCUCGCCGCGUCAUUGAUGGGCAACCAACUGGACCGCAUCACCCACCUCAACUACAGCGAGUUGCCCACAGGGGACCCGUCUGGGAUCGAGAAGGACGAGCUGCGGGUCGGGGUCGCCUACUUCUUCUCGGAUGAGGAGGAGGACCUGGACGAACGUGGCCAGCCCGACAAGUUUGGUGUGAAGGCCCCCCCGGGCUGCUCUCCCUGCCCAGAGAGCCCGAGCCGCCACCACCACCACCUGCUGCACCAGCUGGUCCUUAACGAAAUCCAGUUCUCCGCGUUUCGGGGCCAGGAAUGCAUCUUUUCCAAAGUGAGCGGUGGCCCUCAGGGCGCAGACCUGAGCGUCUACGCGGUCACUGCGCUGCCAGCGCUCUGCGAGCCCGGCGACCUGCUGGAGCUGCUGUGGCUGCAGCCGGAGCCCGAGCCGCCGGCGCCAGCCCCGCACUGGGCCGUCUACGUGGGCGGCGGGCAGAUCAUCCACCUGCACCAAGGCGAGAUCCGUCAGGACAGCCUGUAUGAGGCGGGCGCGGCCAACGUGGGCCGGGUGGUGAAUAGCUGGUACCGCUACCGCCCGCUGGUGGCCGAGCUGGUGGUGCAGAACGCCUGCGGCCACCUGGGCCUCAAGAGCGAGGAGAUCUGCUGGACGAACUCGGAGAGCUUCGCCGCCUGGUGCCGCUUUGGCAAGCGGGAGUUCAAGGCGGGAGGGGAAGUGCCGGCCGGGACGCAGCCUCCGCAACAGCAGUACUAUCUCAAGGUGCACCUGGGUGACAACAAAGUGCACACAGCCAGGUUUCACAGCCUGGAAGACCUCAUCCGCGAGAAGCGCCGCAUUGAUGCCAGUGGUCGCCUGAGAGUGCUCCAGGAGCUCGCCGACCUGGUGGACGACGGCAAGGAGUAGCCUGGGGGCGUGGCCUGCCCUUCCUGUCUCCCCUCGCGCGCGCGCCCAGCUCCCCUCCCAGCACCAGGGCUCCCCAGCUGACAGUUCACCACCCUAGUCCCCUCGCCGGCGUCUGCCGCAGCGGGGGGCCAGUGCCCAGCUGCACCCCAGCACCCCUCGAGCAAGUGGCAGGAAGUCUCAGGAACUGGCCUCGGGAAUGGGACUGCGAGGGCAGCUGUACGCGCCUGGCUGAGACCCCGAGGGGGCGGUAAUCCUGUUGGGAAGCCCAGCGUGGGCUUUCCCUUUGAGUUAGUUCUAAGGGGGAAAGGAGAAUGGACUAAGGGGAGCAGGGACUCGACCGUCCCUGCGAGUCACUGCCCAGAGACUGUCACCCCACCUACUGGAAAGGCACCAUCCCCGCCCCAAACGCGCGCACCAGGACGGGCCGGAGGUGAGAAUUGGUAUUUUCAGGGCGCAGUUCAGCUCCUCUAUGGAUGUGUCCCCACACUGCAGGAUUUCCAAGAAAUCGAGCCUGCCCCUUUUGCACUUGGGACUCGUUCCACAAGCGAGCACCUUUGGGACUCGGGAUUAUCCCCAGGCAGCCCGCGACUGUUCCAGCGCUCCAGCCCCAGGUCUCCCCACAUUGUACUCCAGGCUCCAGGCUAAGCUAGAUAGUGUUUGCUUCCUUUUCUUUCCACCGAGGGAAGAGCACCGCCCCCUACCUCCCAGGCACGAGGGAAGCCUUCCCCUCCCGGAGGAAAAUGGCGCAGCUAAUUUGGUGAGGAGCCCGGCCCUGCCCCGGAGGGGGGGCGAGGGGGGGCUUGGAGAAGGUGGUCCUGGUGUCUGGGAACUUGAAUUUGUGGAGAAGGGCACUUGUUCUUAACCCUGAAUUGCUCCCUCCUUGGGCUGCAUUUCAAAAGUAAUCACUUUUCUAAAGGGGUUGCAGGAGAGGGAGGGGAAGGUAUGGCAGCAUUCCAGACACCAGCACUAGCGUAGCACCAUAGCCAGCGUAUUUAGUUUGGCUUUUCCUAACGUGGAAAUCUUCAAAGGUGGGGAAGUGGAAAUAAAGUUUUAAAAAUGAGGGGGCAGUUCCCCAACUAUGUCAACAAAGCCGACCGUGUUGAUGUUUUUAUUGACCAUUUUAGCAACAUGCUAAUAAAAUUUCAAAUUGAAAUUUUUAUUUUCAUGGCUUUAAUCCAUGAUAGUUUAAAUACUGGGGGCCAUUAAGGGUGGACUUAGCUACCAGCUUAGCUAACAUUGCCUUUCGCUCUGUUUUUUCUCAAAUCCUUUGAGAAUUCUGUCUGUGAAUAUUGUAGUUAUUUUUUCUGGCUUUAAAUGGCAGCCCUCCCUGGUCACGGUGGAGUUGUUAAUGGGUGUGCCUAUUGUGCUGAGUUUCUGUCAGUGGAGGGGUUUCCCGCUUUGGUGGAAGUUGCUAGCAGGUUCCAUGGUGUUUCUUUUCUCUGUGUUGUAAACUGUUACCAUUCCACAUUUCGAGGUCUAGUUUUCUUCCUCUCUCCUUGAGCUUCUUAAAAAAAGGAAGCUAGAGUUGGUGGCUUUUGCCCCUUCUCUGUGGCCACUCCCAGAAUUCAUUCCUGAACGUCAGAAAAGACUUGUAAGAUGAGAACAAGCGUGCAUCUUUCAAAACAUUGCAGCUGUUUGAAACCCCUUCCUUGGGCAGGGAUUUAGCAGCUUCUCUCCCUGGGCCGCAGCCCCCAGCCUGGCUAUUAAUUCAGUGUGUGUCAGACAUCUACAGCAAGGACGCCGCUUUCCAGGGAAUUUGUCAAAUGAUGGUGUUUAGCUAAUCAUUGCAAGCAGUUGCCGAUCGACAGCUGUGAUUUAGUUGGACAGCAAAUAUUAUGGCCAACGCAGUCUCUUGGCAUUUCAAAAAUAAUGCAAUAAAAACUAGUCGAGAUUAGCUGAGGCUGGAAAUGCCUUUUUCAUGGUAAAUGACUCAUUUGUUUUGUGUUUUGAUUUUCAUCCUGGAUUCAUUCCCUGAUCUUGAAUCAAAAGGUCAGAUCAAUGGAAUAUGAACUAAAGUAUUUUUCUUAAGCUUAUUGAGUGCUUUAUUUUUUAAAAAGAAAUGUUUAACUGCAUAAUGCUUUUCUUUCAGCACAUACAAUGACAAAACUUUUGUACUAACUCACUCGCCUUUGCAUGUAUGGAGCACUGAACGUCAUAGACUUCCCUCACGUACUCCCCUUUCAAAUCACAGAUGGCAGGUCACCAGCCGCGAUCCUUUAUUGUAUCUGCACACCCCACGUUCUUUGCUGUGCCCUCCUACUGUAUCUUGGCGCUCUGCUGUAUUAAACACCAUCCUGAGCAAUUGUUCCAACAGGACUCCUUGACAUUUUGUCUUCCACCUGUCACUCAGAGGAUGGGACUUCAGCAAAC